AUGGCCAUAAAAUACAUAGACAAGGAAAUCACGACGCUGGAAGAUAUUCAGAAGCUGAAAGUGAAAGAACUAAGGGAUAUUUUGAAGUGUAAUUCUGAAAGAGCGGGCGGAACAGAGGCGGACUUAGUCCUAGAAGUUUACGCUUUGCUUGUGCGGAACGUAGUGAGGCCGGCCGAAAAUGUCGAAGAAAAUGUGGAUAAUAGUAGCCACUUUGAAUACGAAGACACACUUAGACGGAUUUCUGCUCUUGGAUGGUCUACGGACCUGCGUCAGCUACCAGAACUUAACUUUAUCCAGCUGUACGACUACCUCGUUGUAUCUACACGCAAGUACCGCCAUAUCGUGCUUAAGGGUACUAAUUAUAAAAAGUUGAAAUCUUACCAAUUUUUCUUUGAGGGAAACGUAAAACGACUGGAGAGUAAAGUUUACCAAGGCAAGACCUAUGUGAAAGCUAGUGUUCUUCCAUCUAUGAAGAAGAAUCCGUAUAGAGUUAUAGUAGAGUUCUCACCUCAAUGUGACAUAUUGCGAGCGGCGUGCACGUGUCCGGCCGGGCUUGGCUUAAAUGGAAAAGGUAAAUGCAACCACGUAGGAGGCGUGUUGUUUGCUGCUGAAGACUUUACGAGAAGAGGAUUACAAAAACAUGCCGAACCUCUGACCUGCACAUCGCAGCUGUCUGUUUGGGUUGUGCCUCGUAACCAAAGUGUUGCAGCAAGGCCACUUGACCAGGUUCUGAUCAGAAAGAUACGAUUUGGGAAGAAAAAUAUUCGUCUCCAACCGAAGAUUAUAAAAUUUGAUCCAAGAGCGCCAAACCAGCGAACGAGGGAUGAAAAACAUUUUAAGACCUUUUGUACAGGUCUUCAAAACAGUCUCCCUGCUAGUUCAUUUUUUUUAUUUCAUGACAUUAAGUCAAAGUGCUUAGAAGAGCCUGACCCUGAAGAGAAAGAGGAACCAGAGGGCGUACCCUUUAAUGAUAACUAUGAUAUAGCUUCUAAGCACUUCAAAUACAUGGUUGAUGAACACGUCUCUAACUUAACAAUAACCCUGGAAGAGAUCCAGGAGACAGAGAGACUGACACGCGGACAAAACAAAAACAGUCUUUGGUUUGAAAAAAGGAAAACUCUCUUAACAGCUUCAAAUUUUGGAAAAGCUGCCAAGACCAAAGUGGAGCCUUCAAAUAAAUUAAAGUCAAUCCUCUAUUCAAACUUCACAACAGAUGCUCUUCAAUAUGGCAAUGAAUGUGAACCAAAGGCAGUGAACUUGUAUAUUAAGGAAAUGAGAAAGAAUGGUGUCAGUGUUAAAGUUGAAGAGGUUGGAUUAUUGGUGUCUAAGGAGAAACCAUACUUGGGAGCUAGCAUUGACAGAAUUGUCACCUUCAAAGAUACAGAAGAAAAAUGGGGAAUGGAAAUUAAAUCUCCCUUCAGCAAAGCAGGAAUGACUGUAGAAGAGGCAUGCAAAACCAAAAAUUUUUUUCUGGAGAAACUUGGUGAUGGAACAGUGAGACUCAAACGGAAUCAUGACUAUUAUUUGCAAAUUCAAGGACAGCUCUACUGUUCUGACUUAGAUCUACAAGGGAUCAUUCUCACAGUUUAUUUUGGAGAAGAUAAACCACUAUUUUUAGAGCACAUUUACUCAGACAACACUUGGUCCAGUGACUGGCUGCCUACGAUUGAUUUCUUUUACAGAAGGGCUCUUUUCCCUGAGCUUCUUACCAAACGAGUGCAGAGGGGAAAGCUUCUCUACCACCAUGGUGGGUGGCAACCAUUUGGCCACUAUAGCUGCUGCAGAACUGGUUUAAAAUUAAGAUUUGAAAGACAAGUAUAA